GAGAUAGUAUCCGCAUAUGCCAGGUUCUCGACCAGCAACAAUAGAAAAUGCGACUCUUUAAAUGUUUUAUAGCGAUUCUUAGUUUUUCCGUUACAGUUCUAAGCAAGGGGCAAGAAAAUGGAUGUGUUGAUUUUAUUAAUAUCGGAGAUUGGGGUGCGAUUACAGGCAUCGGACAGCUUCCUAUUGCUGAAGCUAUGGCCAAAUACGCCGAUGAAAAUCCAGUUGAUUUCGUAUUAACUAGUGGUGAUAAUUUUUAUCCCGAUGGAGUAGAAUCAGCAACUGAUGAGCAGUUUGAUUCAAAAUGGAGAGAUGUCUACAAUCAACCUUCGUUGAAAGAACUAACGUGGUAUAUUUCCGUAGGAAAUCAUGAUUAUGGCUUGAAAAAUGGAAAUGAAUGGUUUCAGAUAGAGUUUGGCAGAAAUGAAUCAAGAUGGUACUUUCCUGACUUAUGGUAUACUUUUGAAAAGGAACUAUAUAACAAUAAGAAGAUAAAGUUCAUUGUUUUAGACUCUCAAGCAUUUAGAGCUCAAGAAAAUAAUCCUGAAAGUCAAACAGAAUUCCUAAAAAGUGCGCUGGAAAAUAAAGAGCAUUGGACAUUUGUAAUUGCUCAUCAUCCAGUUUAUAGUGCAGGUAGACAUGGGCCAAUUCAAAAUACUAUUAAAAGAGAUAUAUUACAACCUAUUGCUGACGAUGGCUAUAAUGUCGAUCUCUUUAUCACUGGUCAUGAUCAUAACUUACAACAUUUGAAAUUUAUGAACAACACGAAUACUGAAUUUAUCGUAAACGGAGCAGGUGGAGCAUUCCCUUAUUUUCUAGAUGAGGAUCACGUAGGAAUUCUUCAACAAGAAGGCAUCACAUUAGAAAAAUUUGAAGAUGCUUUUGGCUUUUUGGCUGUUCAUGUGUGCGAAAAUGAAGUCACUCUAAAAUUUGUAGAUGAUGACGGAAACAUUAAUUAUACUUAUGUAAAGGCAAAACCUUAACUUUUCAGUUUACAUGUUUGUCUUAAUAAACCUGAUAUAAUUUAAGCCUAAUCACCUAUGGGAAAUACUUGGAAAUAAAGGCCUUAUACUAAUCACUACCAAGAAAGUGAUAACUGACGGUGACCAAGUGUGUCACAACUUUAUCAUCUAUUUAUAUUCUAAGAAAAUAACGUUAAUUUUAAUAACGCUUUAAUUCUGUUCUCCUCAUUUAAAUAAUACUAUUUGAGGGCUUUCUGUUAAGCGCCAUCUACAAUUUUUUAGUUCAUCAAUUAUUGUUAUCAUUCCAAAUAUAAAAUUCACUGUUAUCAAGAGACUAACAUGCGAAGUUUAAAAAAAUAACACCAAUGUAUAUAGUAAAUCAUUUUGGUAAAUUUCAAUUUUUUAGGGAAUUAUCUUUCACCGGAUUAAAAGGUUAUCACCUUAAGGUGUGAGUAUCACAUUUAGUCAUUAAGGUCAAAAAGGUUUAUCUAUAUGGAAAGAUUAUGCUAAGCUUGCUAAAUUGAAAAAUAUUAAAUUGUAUUCUAUGUGCUGUAAUAACAAUUAUUAUAAAGGUAGUAAAAAAUUCUUUUCAUUUGAUUGAUCGAUUCCUCAAAUAACUACAAAAUAUUCUGGAAAUAUAGCAAAAAC